AUGAGAGUGCGAGACGCCAUCGUUGUUCUUUCGCUUUGCGCUGGGGCCUUGAGUGCCCCAGUGCAGAAUUCCGAGGGGCAAGUCACAGAGGAACUGGAGAGCUUCGAUACGAGAGCGGCUGAGCUCAACCCCCGUGAUGGUCCUCCUCCUCCGCCACCGCCUGGCGACAUGAAGCCUCCGCCACCACCUGGCGACAAGAAGGACGACAAGGAGAAGCCUCCUCCGCCUGGCGAUAAGAAGCCUUCGCCACCACCUGGCGAUAAGAAGCCUCCGCCACCACCUGGCGAUAAGAAGCCUCCGCCACCACCUGGCGAUAAGAAGCCUCCGCCACCACCUGGCGAUAAGAAGCCUCCGCCACCACCUGGCGAUAAGAAGCCUCCGCCACCACCUGGCGACAAGAAGGACGACAAGGAGAAGCCUCCUCCGCCUGGCGAUAAGAAGCCUUCGCCACCACCUGGCGACAAGAAGGACGGCAAGAAGGACAACAAGAAGGACGACAAGAAGGACGACAAGAAGGACGACAAGAAGGACGACAAGAAGGACGACAAGAAGGACGACAAGAAGGACGACAAGAAGGACGACAAGAAGGACGACAAGAAGGACGACAAGAAGGACGACAAGAAAGGAGAAGGCGAAGAAAACGGUGGUCUCCUGAGUGGACUCCUGCAGAAGCUCGGCCUCUAA